UUGGCGCAGAAGAGUGAUUUCUCAAUGAGUUUUGACAGAUUUGACCUUGUUUUUUUUUUUGUGUGUGUGUGUUUUUUUUUCUUUUGACAUUGACGCGGAUGAUGAAACGUCAGCUGACUGAUGACGUGUAAUUCUGAGUAACUUUAAGACAAGGAAGCACGUUUUUUUCCCCCUCUCAACUAGGCAGUCGACAAAAUCGGUAGAAGGACAAAAGCCGGGUAGUUAGAGGUUACUCUCACGAUUCACCUGAUUUGACACAACAAAAUAACCGAAAGAAAUUAUGAGUGGGGACAUUGAAAAGGGAAAAAAGACCUUUGUCCAAAAGUGUGCCCAGUGUCACACUGUAGAAAAAGGCGGAAAGCAUAAAACUGGACCCAACUUAUGGGGCCUGUUUGGACGUCCGACAGGCCAGGCUGAUGGCUACUCUUACACAGACGCCAACAAGAACAAAGGAAUUGUAUGGAAUGAGGAGACUCUGAUGAUUUAUCUGGAGAAUCCAAAGAAAUACAUUCCUGGGACAAAGAUGAUCUUUGCUGGCAUCAAGAAGAAGAACGAGCGCGCCGACCUCAUCGCAUAUCUCAAGUCAUCCACUUCRUAAACGAAGAUUUCCUCUGCACAGCUUUAMCUGUCUUAUUGUUUUAAGUUAAGCAGCUCAGGAGACUUUUUCAUUCCAAACUAAGGCAGAGCAGGAACCAACUAAACUGAAAUCGAAUGUCACAUAUGCUGAAACUGUUUAUGAAAUUGUGAUAGCUGUUUUUACACAUCCUGUUUUAACAGGUAUAUUUUUGUAAUCUAAAAUAAUGAAUGAGUUCUGUGCAUAUAGAAAAUGAGUUGGACCUCCUCAUGAUAUGUUUGUCUUAGUAAUGAUAUUUGUCUUUUUGUAAUUUACUUGAAUAAAAUUGACACUAAACAUUU